CUUUUCCUGCUUUGAAUUAAAAAUCGAGACUGAGUGGAAUCUUCCUUUAUGGUUUUAAUUACAUGUAUCGUACCGUACAUGUAUUUUUCGGAAGGAACAUGUUGGAUAUAAAUUUGCUGUUAACGUUAUGUUUAUUCGCAGAUUGCGGAUUAGUAACCGAAGGAUUAUCUUUCACUCAGCAUUUUGUUUCGGAUGAUGUAAUGUCAUGGUAUGAGGCAGACAGAGCGUGUCCUAUCUUGUUUCAUCCUGGUGACGGCACCAUACACAUGGCGGCGAAUUUGACCUCUCAACCACAGCAAAUACAAGUGUUGAGAUUCCUCAACGAGCAAGAGAGUGUUUGGCUCGACGGUUACCGUUUCCAUCUUGGUUGUAACGACACAAUGAAAACCUGCGAAUAUAUCACUACCCAACAUAUUGCCACUAAUCAAGAGCUGAAAUCUAUAUGCAUAUCGGGUGAUAAUAUAACGGCAGAAUUUGACUGUAAAGGGUCCGGGAAACACGUGUUCAACUUGACCAGCAUAGCUGACCACCCUAAACUACUCAACCUACCAGAAUAUGUCGGUGGCGAAGACCUCGAAGUAAACGAAGUGCACCUAAAUGGAAUUAUUACACACUGUCGGCUGGCCACAAAAACACCAGAAGGAUUCAAGAUCGGUUAUGAAAACUGUGGUCAGAAACUCAAAGUUCUUUGUCAGAAGCAGUACAACACAUCUUUGAUGAUCGUAACAACUCUCACAUAUCAGCGCAUUAAAGAUGGAUAUUCUGAAGAUGUUAUAUUGAUCAACGGUGAUCCGAAAACAGAUGACACUCAAAGCUUGAAUUUCUUAGACAAUAUCUUGGAACCAAAAUGGCUCAUUACUAUGUCUUUAUCCGGAGUAUCGUUUAUUUUUAGCAUCUCCAUUUGCAUCUGUUUGUGUUUUAAAAGGAAAAAAGGAACGCCAACUGGAGCCAGUCGGCGAUCAAACGGCUUCGAGAGUCUGCGACAUCAAGCGUUCGAAGAGAUCGUCCUGGGUUCUUCCUUAUAGUUAAUUGAAAUUUAUUUUUCAGCGCAUCAUUGGUUAUUAUUCAAAUGAUGUAUGCAAAAAACUGUAACGGAGGUUUGGUGGCUGCAAGCCAACAUGUGAAUUAAAGUAAUUGAAAUAUUGCUAGUGACCAGAUCUUGAAGAAACAAGGGGGAGCCUAUCCUGGGAUGUACUUUAUACACAGUUAUUUUAAAGCUUACUUGAUAUUUCGAAGGGGAAAAACCAUAAUAUCUAUUCAUCUUUAUCUAAGGUGCAUAAGAGUUGGUGAAACACACA